GCGAGUUAAAGAGUGUAGGCAGAGAUGAGGCAACCCGCGCUUGUGGUGAUGACUGCGCCCCGCUGAUGGAGUUCGCCAAUCAGCAGGGCGACACAACAGCCUCGUUGAUCACCUUGCAGGAGUGGUGGCAGUGCAAGAACGACCGCAGCAGACGUCUCUGGUUCGUUUAUCCAAGAAACAGCUGACUGCAGUCUUGACCGGUCAAAAGUAUCAUCAUGCCGCCCUCCCUUACGUCCUUCAAGCGACUGUUCCUGCGUCCCGCCGUGAACACUACGCGAACAUGGCUUCCUCAAUAGCUUCUCCAGUUCCGUUGCGUUUCAGCCAACCUCAAGCGAUGGUCAAUGAUCCAAAAGCCUCUGAUGCUGGUCGCGAAACACCUCUUCCACAAUACGAGAAGACCCAAUCGGUGCCAUUUACCCUAAAUCUCCAGGAAGAUGCAAGGAAUCCAGGCCAAUUUCAACUUGUGUUCAACCUUGGCUCCAAACAACAGCUGACGAACGGCGUACCUCUGAACUGUACACCUCACAUCACGUCUCCUAUGAUACCGCGAAGCGGCUUGAAAUCAGACGCAGAACAUUCGGUAGUAAUUUCACCUCAGAAGACAAGCCCACCAACUACUCCCCUGCAUGACAAGCAAGGCUGGGCCGAUCUGGAAAAUGUACCUCCUGACUUCCUCAGAAAGGUUGUGCCGGAUUGGAACGUAUCAUUUUCUCGAAGCGACUCGACAGCUUCUGUCCAAUCAAAAAGGCUUACCGACAUCAAGGCCAGGAUCAAGAAGAAAGGAAAGGGCUAUGUGGUGCGCUUAUUGAAAGGUUCCACGGAUUCAAAUGAGAUUGCAGAAGUGGAACUAGGUCAACGAGCCAACGCAGAACAAACAUCAGAAACCCAAGAGCUUGAUUCCGCGACUUUACCGGCAGAGUUGUAUUGCCCCCCUUCCGCUGUUAUAUCGACUACCGACAUGCUUCAUGCACGCAACGAUGUUUUCGAGAUCGGUACUUCAAAUUCGCCAGGCAUACAACGACCACUGCCAUCCACCGUGACUGAAUCUGUUGAGCCUGCCGCAUCAUCGAUGGAAUACCCGCCGCGCCAUAGCCUGGCUCGGAGCUCGAUCGCAGAAGAUGGUAUGAGUGACGCUGAAACUCUCUUACCAGAUGUUCGCUCGAUAUACGGCCGUAUGGAUGAAGACCAGACUGACGUGGAGCCAUUCUCUCAGACCACCACGACUCUUCCCACACGGUCAACUUCGGUUUCCAGCAUUGUGAAGACGCCGACUCGCGGUCUAUCGCUUGUUGGGCCUGUACGAAAACGGAUAGAGAAGAAGACCCGUCCCCGAAUCAAAAGUCGUACAAUGGCCUUGGACCUUAAACGGUCUGAUGCUCACAAAUCGGUCAAGCAUCGAGCGGGGCCGGUACUCAAUGCAUCACCCAGCUUGACUAUUGAGACUGAAGUAGAGUCGGCAACUUUGCGCCAACGCUUACGUCCAAUGUCUCGCAAGUCUGGUGACUUUAUUCCAGCGACCGAUGAGUAUGGUACUUGGUCGCAACAGACACGAAGCCCCAAGGCAAUGAAGCCGCAACAUCUACGUCAUUUGUCGGCAGACGAUCUACAGGUUCCCUCUAGGCCUGGGCUGGGAUUGCGACUUGUGACUGACGUGCCUCAAACAAGGUCCGCACGCGUGUCGCCAGCGACGCGGCGAAAGAGGUCACCCAGGAUUCGCAAACCCGCAUCAUUCUCGUCGUCGCCAAUGGAGGUAGAUCACGCCAAUGUGUCAUGUUCUCCUGAUUGGGAGGAAGUCGAUCACUCAGAAGAGCUUCGUCAAGCCCUGGGAAGGGCGCUGGGUAAAGUCAUUCCCGACGAUGAAAAUGUCGAAGAUGACACCACAGAAUUAUCGGUACCCAGGAUAAUUGAGCCACUGGAUAGCGAACACGUUGGUGAGAUACCACUGCCUUCGGAAGUAGAGAUUCGAUCGGCGCCAUUUGGGAAGCGUAGUCCAACGUUGAUGUACUGGGGUCUUGCGCUGAGUGCCUUAUCAGAUAAAGCUUAUGAAGGAUUCCGAUUGCUUCGUGAUACCUUCGGGACUGAACCAGCUGUGCCACAGGGACAUGUUCGUGUUCGGUGGACUUGUUCAUGUGGUGAGCCGCUGUAUGAUGAUUUUAUCGAACAGCGACCAAACGCUGCUCGUCUUCUUGAAGCCUUUCUCAAUCGCCCAAGAGCUCACACACCACGAAGUUCUACCAGCCAAAGUAGUACGGCAUCAUCAAUGGCCUCCAUCUUUGAUUCUUCCAGUAGAGCUUCCACACUAACUACACCAUCUUCGACUUACGGAGGACCCAAUUCUUGGAUAAGAGGCAGUGAUACUUCCAAGUACAGCCCUACUCGUACGCGUACCACCAACUCCUUCAGUGUUCGAAUGCCAUCUUUCGCCGAGGAGUCCUGGCUCUUGACCUGUGCAAAUGAGGGCCGCCUCACGCCCAAGAUUGUCCAUCUUGAUGUUAACGAAGGACGCAUAAGAAGCGAUAAAGAUCUAGCUCUCGCGCUGCGCGACCACUAUGACCAGCUCAAUCGACGAUGGUUCAACUGGGCUCGUCUUCGCGGACUUACGACCAUCGAGUUCGUUCAAUUUGAAAUCCAUCGUAAUCGUUUCGCUGAUAUCCGUGCUGCGCCAUCCAUGCCGCCCAGAUCUGCUACCUCUUCAUCGUCGACUAGCGACCCUGAGAAGUCUCAGGCGCCAUCUCAACAUCCGUAUUCAUUCGAGCCCAACGACCUUCUGCCUCCUGUUGGAAGCACCUACCUUCUCCAUUUGUUCAAACACCCUCAAGACUAUGAAGGUGAGUUGAUUACAUAUCUUCGCAGCCCAAAACGGCGCCAGCGUCUGGAGUUUGGCAUGGGCUGGGGUGUACAUCUUGUAGAAGGGUUUCUCGCGCAGCGGGUGUGGGCGGUAACGAUGGGUAUCUGUGGCUUGGGUAGCCUUGCGUUUGCGAUUCUAUGGACUAUCAAGAAGGGUGACGUGCAGGGUGCGUUCGGGGUUGCGCAGUGGGUUUUGGGCUUAGCGGUCUUGUUGGUCGGUGGUAUGCAAGCGUGGCUGGAGUGACUAGAUGCGUAGAAGUGUGUGAGCUGCUACACGUUGAUUAUGUUGAGGGGUUUGAUCUGCAAGUGAAGUAAGCACGUUGCAUGCGGCUGUUUGCGCAUGUUUUGAGAUAGUUUAUCCAUAUGCGACUACGAAACUGCGAAGUCGAAGCUUUGCAUAUAUAGCCACCCGAAGGCCAUUUUUACUU